AUGGCCUUGGAUGGAGACGCGGAGUCGAGGAAGCGCAAGAGGACCUCUCACGCGUGUGAUUCGUGCAGGCAUCGCAAAGUCAGAUGCGACGGCAGACAACCAUGCGCGACCUGCUCGACAACCGGCGAAGAAUGUCUGUUUGGAGCAGAGGCGAUUCCGAAAAGCAAAUCCGACUUGAUCCUUGACGUGGCCUUGAGGUCGGAGAAUAUGCUGCGGGAGAUGGCCACCCAGCUGCGGACCCUGCUCCCAGCCGCCACCCCUGUAGACCAUCGUAUACCCCCUUCUCCCCUGGCAUUCUUCUCCCCAGCGACGAUUGAUUCGGUCCCUCGCGCGGGGAGUCCGCCUGAUCAGAUCUCAAACGCGAUCUUAUCGCAGUUUCACUCGUCGACAACCGAAUCCAUCUUGGCGUGGCCCCAUUUCCAAGACUUCCAUGCUCUGCGACAGAACUACCGCGGGUCCGUCUUUCGCUUGGAAAGUGCGAGACCAGCACUGAAGCAUCGGACGACUGGCGUCCUUCCAUACGUGAGCAAACCUGAGGUCGAUUCUAUACUGCACAGCUUCGAACACAAUGUCAACUACUGGUAUCCGACCAUGUCACGGGCCACUCGCACCGAGGUGGAGCUGCAGGUCCUGUCAAAUGGUUUCGAUGAAGGCAUUAGCUCAUGUCGUGCCCUCUUGGUAAUGGCGCUAGGGUCCGCGAGUCAGCUCAUACAAUCUGCAUCCGCAGGGGCUAGUCAGGACCCCACGGACUCGGAGCACCGGCAUCGCUGGCAGCUGAUGAGCGGGCUCUACUUUGAUCUGGCCUUUAGAAAGAUCCAUUUGGCGCAGGCCGAGUGUUCGACGGAAGCAGUGCAAUGUCUAUUCUUUGCCGCGUUGUUCUUCGCUUUUCUUCAACGUCCCAUCCAAGCUUGGUCCUUCAUUAGCGCUGCUGCGAUCAAAUGUCGUCUACUCCUUUCGUAUCCUGCAUCCGAGUCUGCCCCGGAGCAACAGGAAUGCCUGCGGCGGAUCUUCUGGUCCUGCUACAUUCUGGAAAGUGACUACCUGGCCGAGCUGGCCGCGCUUCCACAAACUGGCAUAGCAGACAUCGAAUCAUCUGUUCCACUACCCGGCGAAUACCACACCCAUGCCUCUCCGGCGAUUGAGGAACAAUCGUCCCUUUACUUCCUAGCAUGCAUUUCCAUGCGUCGGCUCCUAAACCGAGUUCACGAUCUGCUUUACGCGCGAAACAACGGUGUCGCCUCGGAUGUUCAUCAGUUCCCAAAAGUCGUCGCGGAGCUCGAUCACCAGCUUGAGAAAUGGAAAGACCUCCUCCCCCCGCCGUUCCAGUUCUCUGCCACACGCGAGGCCGCGCGAUCAACCGAAGCCGGUUUCCUUCGCCAGCGAUACCUUGCGUGUAAAAGCGUCAUAUAUCGCCCAUACCUGACAUGGUCGCUUUCAUUGACAACCCGUGGCGAGGCGGUGCCGCAGAAGGCCUACGAAGGGUGUCGGACGUGCCUCGAGGCAUGCUGCCUACAUGCCCAGAACCUACAGGGGUUCCCGCAAACAAUCAUGGUCGAUACCUGGAUUUGCUCCCUCUCAAUGGCGUCAGUAAUGCUAAUUGUCCUGGCGGCGGCUCGCGAAAACGCUUUACGGGAUUGUCUGCCCGCCAAUGUGGUUGAUAUUGGACUCAAUCUAAGCACGCAUUUGACGCAGUGGCUGCAGAUUCCGGGAUCUGGAGUGUCCCCAAGCGUCCUACAGAGCAUUCGGCUUAUUGAGGAUGCGAGUACAUCGCUUCCGGCCAUUUUGCUGAGCGUUCCCGAGAUUUCAUAA